AUGACAAAUAAAAUAUGUCACAAACUGAUCAAUGAAAACAUUAAAACGUUAUGUCAUGAGACCCCAGGAAAUGAAAACGGGUAUAAACAAAAGCAAAAUGGAAGUUUUAACAAUAGCAUGUCCAUAAACUGCUCCGCAAAAUGCGAUGAAUUAUGCAAUAACAUAAAUGACAGACUACAAAAAAUAAAAGAUAUUGUACAUCUUAGAUCGGCAAAGCCAAAUGUAGUCCUUAUUGAAACCUUAACGGAUAUAAAAGAAUAUAUAAAAGAAAUAGAAAAAUAUAUACAACUAUUUAACAAUGUUAUUCAUGAAGAGAAUAAGGCGUAUGCAUAUGUGGAGGAUAUAACGAGUUCUCUAGAUAAACAAAAUAAGAACAUUCAGAAAAUUUUUCACAUAUGCAGCAAAAAUAUUGUCAUCACGAAAAAUAACAGUGAACUGGUUUUGCAAAAGCCACAAAACUAUUCUUCUCUUUCGUCUAAAUUUGUUAACAAUUUGUUAAGUGUGUGCAAGGGGGAGGGAGAUGAACACAAGAACACUCAGGUGUCCGGAGACGAUAACGAGAGGACAAACCGAGUUGAAGAUGACAUCUAUAAUGGGGAACAAAAAGGGGAUGGAAAUUUGAACCAAAUCAUAAACCAAAAUAUGAUCCUAAAUGAAUGCGCGGAUAAAAACUAUAUUAAUUAA